ACGCGCAACGUGCGAAAUGCUUUUCGGGCAAAUUUGCUCAUCCCUUUCAUUCGCUUCCGGAUCCUCUUCUGUCUGCCCAGAGAGACGUCUCCAAUCCCUCAAUUCCAUCAUCCUCCCCUACCCCCUGGGCACACGUGCCACCCACCCGCCCAGUGUCUGUGUCAACAGUGGCCGAGAUGGCCGACGGCGAUGGCGCACCGAAGCCCCAUCCGAAAAACCGUUUUAUUCAAAGACUUUUCCGCCGUUCAAUGGAGAUGUUCGUGUGCUGGGGGGGCGGGGGUGUAAUUUCUCAAUUUUUGUAAAUAACUGCCAGAGGGUGGAAUGGGGUGGUAGUGGGUGGGUGGGGGUAAGAUGGUGGCGGCUAAUAUGGCAGUGAAGAGGAGUCAAGAGCCCAAUAGAGAGAUAGAGAGAGAGGCGUUCGAGUGUGCGUUUCAUGGUGAAUUCGUUAGCCGGCCGGCGGGAGGGGGUGACCAGUGUAAAUAGGCGUCGUAGUGUGAUGAUAGGUUAUUUGGGUAACACCGCACCUCAUCCCCCCCAUCCCCUUUCCCCCAUCCUUUACGCCGUGAGAGAUGCCCGUCCCAAGGCGUCCCUUUUUUGAUAUGACAGCUUCCUCGCCAUUAGAGUUGCUAAUAGGAGAAGAUCGUCGCGAGGGUGGGGCAGGGGGUCGAAGGGGGAACCGAAAGCACACAUAAACACACACACACACACACACACACACACACACACACACACAUACAUACACGAGCGGGGGAUUUGCUUUCGGAUGAGCUGAUUCCAUCGGCACUUAAAGUCAAUGGCUGCCAAAGUUGCAAUGUUGAAGCUUGUGCUGUGCUCGUGUAGGAGGGAGGCGAAUAGCGACAAAAAGGGGUGACGGGAGGGGGGCAACAGAGUCGUUAAGUGCACGGUCAAUAUGGUUAAUUUCAAAGUUUAGGGAAAAAGAGAAACAUAAGCAACACCUCCCCCGGGGUGGGGGGUUGAAGUUAGCGUCAAAUGGAUUAUUGGAUGAGAAAGGUUUGAAGCUCAGUGAGAGAACUAUCGAAGAAGGGGCAGAUCGCAAAUCUGUUGCGUAAAUGAAUCAUUGUGAGGGAAUGGAACAGAUUGCUCCCUUUUUUCCGGUCAGAAAGCAAGAAAUAAACAGAGAGAGAGAGCAAAGAAGUCCCCAGAAUGACUAAAGUGUGACGCGCAAAAAACUGGACGACACUUCCCAUGAAUCCAUUGUCGCUACCCUACACCCACACACACGCACACCCC